UGCUUAAAAUUCCGUGGCUCACCGCCGACUCGUCUUCACAUUCUCACUAUACGAUUUUCUGAUUUUCGUUUCUCACUGUCCGAUUCUGAUUUUUGUUUACGAGUUUUUCUUUUUGGGCAGCAAGGCAACGAAGAGAAACUCCAGCUUAUCCGUGCUCACACAAUCUUGAUUAAGGGUGUUUAUGCUUGAAGAUUACAAGGGGUGUUUGAAUCUAAACGAUUGAGUAGGAACUGAGAAAUCUAAAUAACUGGUAGAAGAAGAAGAAAAUGGAAGAUGGCGAGGUUGAGGAGGGGAUGCUGGUUGAAGAAGAUGUGCACACAGAGGCUGAGCGUAAGGUCGAGAAAUCACCAUAUGAAUUGCUUCAAGAGAGCAAGGCUUCGGUUGAGGACAUCAUUACCAAAAUGCUUUCCAUUAAGAAAGAGGGAAAACCCAAACCCGAGCUCAAAGAACUAGUCACUCAGAUGUUCAUACACUUUGUCACACUUCGCCAGGCAAAUCGUUCUAUCUUGCUCCAGGAGGAUCGUGUGAAAGCGGAGACAGAAAAUGCGAAGGCCCCAGUGGAUUUCGCAACCCUGCAGCUUCACAAUCUAAUGUAUGAAAAGGGUCACUAUAUAAAAGCCAUUAAAGCUUGCAAAGAUUUCAAAUCAAAAUACCCUGAUAUUGAGUUCGUACCCGAGGAAGAGUUUUUUCGUGAUGCACCAGAAGAGAUACAAAAUUCUGUGUUGUCAAAUAAUCCUGCACACAAUCUCAUGUUGAAAAGGCUCGAUUUUGAACUUUUUCAGCGCAAAGAGCUAUGCAAACUUCGCGAAAAACUUGAACAACAGAAGAAAAGUCUUUCAGAGACCAUUGUGAAUCGCAAAAAGUUCUUGUCUAGUCUCCCAUCACACCUCAAAUCUCUUAAGAAAGCAUCGUUGCCAGUACAAAACCUAUUAGGGGUGCUGCAUACAAAGAAACAGAAGCAGCACCACUCAGCAGAGUUACUUCCACCUCCUCUCUAUGUGCUUUACUCACAGUUAUUGGCACAGAAAGAAGCAUUCGGUGAACAAGUAGAUCUGGAGAUACUUGGAAGCGUGAAGGAUGCACAAACUUUAGCUCACCAACAAACUAAUGUGGACACUGGAAUUUCUACUAAUCAGGAGUCUUCUAGAAUGGAGGAUGAUGCAGUUGAUGAGGAAGAAGAUGGCCAAAGAAGGAGAAAACGAACAAGGAGGAUUCCAGCCAAGGAUAACCUUGAACACGCAGGGUAUCAAGUUCACCCUCUAGAAGUGGUGCUUCAUGUGUAUGAUAAUGAUUGCGAAGCUUCUGAUCUCAAGUCUGUAAAACUUAUUACCAUUAAGUUUGAGUAUUUGUUGAAGUUGAAUGUUGUAUGUGUUGGAAUCGAAGGAUCCCAUGAAGGACCUGAGAAUAACAUCUUGUGCAACUUAUUCCCUGAUGAUACUGGCCUUGAGCUUCCGCAUCAAUCAUCCAAGCUUCUUGUUGGUGAUUCUCUUGUAUUUGAUGAAAAGAGAACUUCUCGGCCAUACAAGUGGGCCCAGCAUUUAGCGGGAAUUGAUUUAUUGCCCGAGCUGUCACCUUUGCUGACUCGACAUGCAACUCCAAGCAGUGAUGUUGCAAAAAGUGAUGCAGUCAAAUCUGGCCUUUCUUUGUACCGGCAGCAGAAUCGUGUGUUGACAGUAGUUCAAAGAAUUCGCUCUCGGAAAAAGGGUCAGCUGGCUCUUGUGGAACAGCUUGAUUCACUUAUGAAGUUUAAAUGGCCUGCUUUGUCCUGUGAAAGUGUUCCAUGGGCUUUGCAUACUCCUUUGUGCAAUUUUAUUGGUUGUUCACCCGUAGGACUCCCUCCUAAUAAUCAGGCUUCAUCUUCAUCUGUAACAGACGUGAACCAGGUUCCACAACCUACAGAGGUAGUUGAACUGUCUGGUACUUCGAAGGAGGAGCUAGAGAGUAUCAGGGAAGAUGGGGAGCUUCCAUCUCUGGCUUCAGUUACAUCUAGUGAUAUUAAAUUGCCUCCAUCAAAAGGGUCAAAUAUUGAACAUUCGAGGCAGCUGUCUUUAAUUUCAAAAAGCAUAAUAUCUCCAAUCAGCAAGCCAAAAUCACAAAGUUUUAAGAAACAUGAUGAAGAUGCAAAUAUUUUGCUGGACUUUGAGAGUGAUAUGGAUGAGCCUACAUACAUUGAGUCAGAAGAAGAGCAUGCAGUGCCUAUUCACUGCUUUGAAGCGACUAGAAAAUGGAUUAAUUAUGGAAUCAGGGAAUUUUCUCUUGUCUUGAUCAGGAAUAUAGACACCCUAAAGAAGAGUUUCAAGUUAGAAUCUAAGAUUAACAUCUGCGUGGAGUAUCCUCUGAGGCCUCCCUUUUUCUCAUUGAGAAUUUACACUUCAUUUGAAGAAAAUCCUUAUGAAGAUGAUGGUUCUGAAUGGUAUAAUGAACUUCGUGCAAUAGAAGCAGAGGUCAAUCUUCACAUGCUGAAGUUGUUACCUCCUGAUCAUGAAAAUUAUGUAUUAGCUCAUCAAGUACGUUGUCUGGCUAUGUUGUUUGACUAUUACAUGGAUGACAUAUCCCCAUCUGAAAAAAGAAAGACUACUUCUGUUGUUGAUGUUGGCUUGUGUAAGCCUGUUAGUGGUCAACUUGUAUCCAGAUCAUAUAGAGGAAGAGAUCGCAGAAAGAUGAUAUCCUGGAAAGACAUGGAAUGCACUCCUGGCUACCCUUAUUAAGCAGUGUAUUUCUUUGGUUUGUGUUGUUUCAGUUCAGACACUGGCCUGAAGAUUGAAGCUGUUGAAUUCAAGAGUUCGGAAUUCUAGUAUUGGGAUCUUCCCUUAAUUGCAAUCAUGGGUUCCUCCUGGGAUUACUUUAUGCUCUAUUCUCUACAACUUGAAUACAUGCCGGGGAGGACUGUCGUUGUGAUCUUGUGGGUGACUAUGGCCCGGGCAGGUAUGAGAGUUUAUGGAACACUUUAUUCUUCUCUUUGAAUAA